CUUCCAUUCGCCUUCUUUCUAUCUCUCCUUCCUUCUCGCAGCCGAGACCAUCAUCUGUUACUCAUCUUUUUCCCUUAUUCCAGCUGAUAUACCGGUGCUCACUUUAUCGAUACGGUAGGUGACCUUGUACUCCUAUCACUACUUCCAACCCCACCGCGCUUUCGCCUGGAUUCUGGUGAGUCGAUUUCGAACUCAUAUAAACCUCUUGAUCUGCCUCUCUCUUCUUGAAAGGAACACACCUUUUAUUUUUUCAUUCGACAAACCAAUCCACCGCAAACAUGACUCCUAAAGCUGACGAGGUUGAAGACUCUCGCGUUCUCGGACAGGAUCCUUUGAUCCCUCCCAGUCUUUUGCAGCAUGAGAUUCCUUCUACACCCGAGUCUGAAGCUACUGUUCUCAAAGGUCGUCGUGAUUCUAUUGCGGUGCUUGAUGGAGUUUCCGACAAGCUUCUCGUCGUCGUUGGGCCAUGCUCAAUCCAUGAUCCCGAGAUGGCGAUAGAAUAUGCCAGGCGCUUGAAGGCCAUUUCAGCAGAGCUCCAAGGCGACCUGGUUAUUGUUAUGCGAGCUUAUCUCGAGAAGCCAAGAACCACUGUUGGAUGGAAGGGAUUGAUCAAUGACCCGGACAUUGACGAGAGCUUCCAGAUCAAUAAGGGAUUGAGAGUUAGCAGGAGUUUGUUCGUCGAGCUCACACACAUGGGAGUCCCUAUUGCAUCUGAAAUGUUGGAUACUGUUUCCCCACAGUUCCUUGCGGAUCUUCUCUCCCUCGCAGCAAUCGGCGCCCGCACCACUGAAUCACAGCUCCACCGUGAGCUCGCAUCGGGUGUUUCCUUCCCCGUCGGCUUCAAGAACGGUACCGACGGCUCGCUCAGCGUUGCUAUCGAUGCUGUCCUCUCUGCCUCUCACCCCCACCACUUCAUGGGCGUGACUAAGCAAGGCCUUGCCGCAAUCACCCGCACUACUGGAAAUGAGCACGGUUUCGUUAUUCUUCGCGGAGGUUCUAGGGGCCCCAACUACAGCUCCGAGGAUGUGCAAACCACAAAGGCUGCCUUGAGGAAGAAGGGACAAAAGGAAGUCAUGAUGAUUGAUUGUAGUCACGGAAACAGCUCCAAGAACCACAGGAACCAACCUAUUGUUGCCGCGGACAUCGCCGCACAGAUAAGCAACGGCGAGGAGGCCAUUGUUGGUGUAAUGAUUGAGUCAAACAUCAACGAGGGCCGCCAGGACGUCCCCUCACCCGAGCAGGGCGGCGCGGCAGCCCUCAAGAAGGGUGUUUCCAUCACCGAUGCGUGUAUCAACUGGGAAUCCACGGUUGACGUAUUGAACAAUCUCGCCGCAGCCGUCAGAACCAGACGGGCUGGAAGAGAGGGUGGAGUCAAGAGAAAGGCUGAAGACGCCUUGUAAAAAGUUUUCGUUUAGAAGGCAGGCAAACGGGAUAUAUGGUAGAACGUGGCAAUGGGGAGUUUUAGUUUUAGUUUUUCUCUUUGUCACUUCUCUUCACUCUUUCCUCUUAUUUUUUCCGUUGGCUAUUUUGCUAGUAGUGCUUGUUGGAUAUGGCUCGAAAUGAAAUAAGUUUUAGUUGUAGUACUGCAUUAAAUUAA